AUCAAUUUCAAUUUUCUCCCACCUCACCAAGAAUGGGAGGACGAGAGACCAAUAAGUACAACCGGCUUAGUGUUUGCAGUAGCCAUACCGUCAGCAGAGGAAGCAGCUUCAGAAAUACGUGUGUUUUUCCAAGAAUGGAUGAUCAAGUGGAAAUCAAACUUCCGCCAGCCUAUACAGAUCUUUUCAAUCCAGGAUCUGCAGACGUUUCGAGCCUGGGAACCCCACCUGCCUACUACUCCCGAUCCCAGAGCGAGACUGAGGAGGGUAGUGAUCAGCUGACUGCUCAACCCAGUGAAGCACAGCUGACUACAAAACCAAACCAAACUACUGAAACAACCAUCCAAGCAGCCAUUGAAGUUGUUAAAGAAGCCCCACAGCCAGCAAAACCACGAAAAACCUACAAGAAAAUGAAAAAGCCAAGUGAUAAUCAGUAAUAUUUGACACAAGUUUGCCACAAGCUUUAAUAUAAAAAUCAUAUCAAAAACAGUAAAGGAAAGCUCCAAUUAUUUAUAUUUUUUAUUUCCGUUUUUUGAGCCAAGCUAAACCAAUUUUAAAUAAUAUAUCUGAAAAUUUACUAUGUAACAAUUUAGCUCUUGUUUACCAACAUAUCUUCUAGUUAACUGUAAAGCUUAGUGAGAGGCAUUCACAGAAUGAGAUGAGGGUUCUCUGAGAAGAUGGAGUGGGAGGGGGAGGGGAGGGGUAGCUUUCUCUGCAUGCUUUAUGUGUAGUAUGUAGAUCCCUUUUUUUAUUUGUUCUUAACACCAUGCAUGAAGAAAUUGAAUCUCAUUUCACUUUUUAUUUUCCCAUUUAAUGAAGCCUUCCUUACUUUGUAUAAAUUAUUUCCAUAUUUAUCCAAGAUCCUAUCUUAUGUGAAACCUAUUCAUGUUUGUACCAAAAUGGAGAUAUUUAUGGCAAGCAGGCCCAUAAAUAUGCUAAUAGGACUCAUAAUUCAUCCAGCGCCUACCUUGCUCAUAAUUCUUGAACCAAAUUCAAUAACAUGUUCUUAAAUUAUAUAUAAAUAAAAGUAAAAGUAAAAUAUAUAUUAUAUAACAUUUA